AUGGGUUUCGCCGACAAGAAGAUUGCGGUUAUUGGGGGAGGGCUAGGUGGCAUGGCCUUCAUGAACUCCGCUAGACAUGCAGGACUUCAGAAUGUCCACUUGUACGAAGCUGCACCCGAGUUCACGGAGGUUGGCGCUGGUGUCAACAUCACAAGGAAUGCAAACCGAGCACUCGAUGCAUUUGGCCUAAAAGAUGACGUCCUGUGGAAAUCAUCAAGGAAUCCUCCUUCAUACAUGGAAUAUUACCAUUACCGUACUGGCGAAUAUCUCGGACAAAUCGACGAAUUUGGAAACCCAAAAUCACGCCAGAUUCACCGGGCACAUCUUCUGGAAGCUCUUCGCAAAAAUGUAUCGAACGAACUGCUCUCGACCGGAAAGCGACUGAUAACCAUCAGUUGGGAUAACAACAGAAAGGAGUAUGUCUUGUCGUUUCAAGACGGAACUUCUGCUACAGCUGAUAUCAUAAUUGGAUGCGACGGCAUCAAAUCAGUAGUACGAAAGCAUUUGGGUCAUGGAGACCACCCCAUCUAUUCCGGCCAAAUGGUCUACCGUGGCUACGUGGCAUACGAAGAUCUUUCUCCUGCGACUUCGGCUCUAUUAAGAAAGACCGUCAACUUCCGUGGACCAAAGAAACACGUUCUGACACUGCCUAUCGGAAAUGACGAAUCCAAUACUUCACGAGUUGGAAUUAUUGCGUUUAUGACAGAGCCCCUUGAGGGCUGGACAUCGGAGAGUUGGCUUGAUAAAGCGCCUAUUGAUGACUUUUUUGAACACGUGAAAGACUGGACUGGCGCGGUACAGGAGAUCAUUGCUGGUCUACGAAAAGGUCACCCUGAUGGACGCAUACUGAAACAAACACUUUACGUCCGUGAGCCUACGGACAAAUGGUUCGCAACUGAGACUAGCUCACCAUCCAGUGGAAUUAUUCUCAUUGGUGAUUCCGUACAUUCCACCCUACCGCAUCAAGGUCAAGGCGCAUGCAUGGCCAUCGAGUCCGGCUUUGCUCUAGCCCAAGUUCUCCAGCAAUGGAAAACAUCUAACCUCGACGACGCCCUUCAAUUCUUCCAAGACCUUCGCAAACCCCGUACCGAUAGAAUCACAAAAACUAGUGCUGAAACGGGGAAGAUGGCUAGUUGUGACAUUCCAGAGGAGAAGUGGCCUGAAAUUUUCAACUAUUUCGUGAUGCGGGAGCGAAUGCGAUGGGUGAUGGAGUAUGAUUUAUUCCAGGAUAUUGCCACGAAACACGAAGCAUUGUAUGCGAACAUUAAAAAAAGGCAUGCAGAUUCUACGCUUCAGGAGGUGGCUGCUUAA